UUUGUCACGUCUUUCCAAGUCCCCAAAAUAAAUUGCUGGGUGUCUGGCAAAGGGAGGGUCGAGUCGAGCGCUAGUCUCAGCUUUGGUUGUGACAACCUGUCAUUUCAACGUGCAACGCUGCUCCGGUUGCUGUUACUCUCCCAGGCGGGACGUGAUCUGAGUGACUGCCCCCCACCAGUGCUGUGAAUAUCCACUCCAAAUGGACCUUACUUGCCAGUUGGACUCUGCAGGAACCAAUGCAUGGAGUAAAAACUGUUAACAGUAGCUGUUGUGAGAGACCGUUUCGCAAUGUAUUUGGAGAAUUCGGAACAAAGAGAGGGGGAGCUGUCGGCUGAAGUCUUCCUCGCUGAACAAUGUGCCAUCCCCAAACUGACAGAGGCUGCGGGUUUUAGCAGCCCUUUAAGCCAAAGUGCUGAGCUGGGAAUAAAGGUCCUCGUGGAAUACACUGAGCAGACUGUCAGAGAAGAAAUGGAGCCCGCUCUCCUCUUUGUAGAGCCUGGCAAGUUGAACUUGAACUUGGCAGAAACCUGUACGUUUUGCGUUCGACAUGCAGAGAGUGCCGAACAACAGUCAGCAAGUCAUGGAUUUUUUGACUCUGUCCAGAUCCUCGAUGACUGCAACUCUGCGGGGUUAAGCCGACCAUUUGUCAAAUGUGCUCAACACUGUGAGUGUUUUAAACCUUGCGAGUCCUCUGAGUACUGCGCUAAUCAUAGCUUAGCCUCUGAAAGGAGCCUUUGCUGUGAACACUGUCCAGAACAGCUCCAAUUAUUUCCGCAAUGCAAGUCCACUGAUGAGUCUUCUGACUGCGAGCCAGAGGAAUUAGAAGUGGACUUUAGCGGAUUAGGACAGUGUGGAAUGUCUUGUUUCAUACCUAAAUGCGUAGAUCACCUCCAGCUACAACAAUACGAGCGUCUGGGUGAACAGUGUGACUCCUCUGACUCGGAGGAAGACACAUCUAGCAAUGGGCCCUCCAGUUUGACACAAUUCAUCUCCGGCUCGGUGAAUUCCCUGGACGGGGCUGCCAGUCUUUGCGAGUACGACGAAGCUCAGGCUCAACCCGAGUACACGGACGAAGAUUAUGAUGUCGAUGAAGACGAUGAAAGCUAUGAAGCUGAACCGAAUGAAACAGAGUUCAGUGACGAAGAGGACACUCCUGCCUUGAUUGAUUUAGAGGAAAAUGUCGACUUUGAAGAUGAUUUUGGCGAAAGCAUCCCGUACGCAGAAGAAAACUCUCAAGCAUCGACAUCAGACAUAGCCGAGAACGUCGACGACUGCGAGGACGAGGCCGCCGAACCGUGUAACUCCGAGAACGGCGCAGAGUUCUGCGCCGAAGAAGACGGCUUCUCCGAAUGCUCUUCUGUGGAAAGCAAAUCCUUUAAGACCUGCCUGGAUGACAGCUUUCCAUCGGAUCCAUUCUCCGAUUCGUCAGAGGAAUCCGACAAAGGAGCUCAGGAAGAUUCCAGCGACGAGCAGAUGCAAUGGGAGUCUUUUGAGGGGGACGAAGAAGAGGCACAGCAGAGCGAUCUUAACCAAAGCACCGAAGAGAAAAAGAACCCCCCCCCCGUUGAUGUCGUCAUCGAGCAUUAUUUCGAUCUAUUCGACAGGGAAGACUGCCAUGGACACAUGUUUGCACAAAAGCGCAGUUACAUCUCCUGCUUCGACGGCGGCGACAUUCACGACCAUCUCUUUCUCGAAGAAGAGACACAGAAGCGGAACACCAAAACUGUCCACAAAUUAGGAGACGGAAACGAGGAAGCCAAUACACAAGAAACAGACCCUUGCUCUAAAGAUGCGCCCGAAGUUUCAGACGAAGAAGAUUUAAGCCAGGAAGAGGAAUGCUGCGACUCCAAGGGUCCACCUGAUGACUGCUCUGUGAAGUCAGAAUCCUGUUCAACAGGCGAUGAAGAAGAGUUCCUCGCAUUUUAUCCAGGGAGUAGUGAUGAUGCAGAGGACGAUGGUGCAGAUUAUUCAUUUGAUGUUAAUAUUUCUGACGACUAUGAUGAAGAACCUGAGUUCGUCCCGUACUCCAGCGAAGAGGAAAGAGUGUUCCCCCCAUCUGCCAGAGAAAUGUCAGUCGAAGAUGACGCUUAUGAAGAUGAGGUCUCCAUGAACAAUGAAUCUCUUGGAGAAGUUGCCUCCUCGGGCGAGGAGACUGAUAAAAACGCUGGCUGUGAAGAGAAUGACAAAGACGAGCCUGAGCUCAGUCACUUCCUGUCAUGUUCUGAAAAAGAGCCGUACUGGGCCCUGAUUGAUUCUCAAGAAAGUGAUGGAUAUUGCGAGCCAGGUGUCGAGGACUACUAUGCAUAUGAGAUAAAAAGCUUGCAGUCAUCUGGGAAACGGGCUUUGAAUCAAUUCAUUUUGGGGGGAGACUCAAAACUUCCCCCGUUCAGUGGUAGAACUUAUGACCUUUCGUCACUGAGAGAGGCAACCGGACAAACUGCCGAAUCGGAAGAGGAGUCGGAUUCGAAAGAAACCUCAAAAGACCUAAGACCGCCGGUAGAUGUUAUCCACAGCGUUGUCUCAAAGCACGCUAAUGAUGGCACACAAAGCAGGGACUCAGAAGAGGAGCAGAGUGACGACGAAUCCCUGGAGCUUUGCGAAUGCGAGUACUGCAUUCCGAAGGCGGCGCAGGUUCCGGCAGAACCACUGCUCUCUGAAAUGAAAACACAAGACGCAGGGAAGAUCUGUGUAGUCAUUGAUUUGGAUGAAACUUUAGUGCACAGUUCAUUUAAGCCAUUGAACAAUGCUGAUUUUAUCAUUCCAGUGGAGAUCGAAGGAACAUUACACCAGGUUUAUGUACUAAAGAGACCACACGUUGAUGAGUUCCUCCAGAGGAUGGGAGAAUUGUUUGAAUGUGUUUUGUUCACUGCAAGUUUAUCCAAGUAUGCCGAUCCUGUGUCAGACCUGCUGGAUAAAUGGGGAGCCUUUCGGAGCCGUCUGUUCCGAGAGGCGUGCGUCUUUCACAAAGGGAACUAUGUUAAAGACCUGAGUCGUUUGGGAAGAGAUCUCAACAAGGUUCUCAUCAUAGACAACUCCCCAGCCUCCUACAUCUUUCACCCCGAGAACGCAGUUCCUGUGGUAUCCUGGUUUGAUGACAUGUCAGACACCGAGCUCCUCGAUCUCAUCCCCUUCUUUGAGAGACUUAGCAAAGAGGACGAUAUCUACGACGGUCUUCAGAAGCACAAGACCUCCAGCUAACGGAGAGCUAGACGAAGAAAAAAUCACCUGCGAAUGUCUUCGAGGGGCCAUGGAGGCUUGUGAGCCGCGGGCUCCUUAAGGCUUCCCAAUAGAAGGACCACACAGUGGGGGAGGGGGGGUAGGGGUGAAAGAGGCCUUUUGUUUCAUCUAAUUUUAUCACGUCGUGUACGAUACAUCCAAUCGUCAUUUUCUGAAUGCUGGAUGGCGCAUCAGCAUGAGACGACAUGGCCUCUGUGGAUGUUUCGCAGUGCAGCGCGUUAGUUGUUGUCGUUACGGGACAGCGCUGACCUUUUUGCAAGCGUGCUGCAAAGCUACAUAGUGUGAACAGUUGCUUAGUCCUCUACAAAUAGUCCUCUACAAACGAGCUUCCAUGAAUCCUUUUAAUGUCGGCCUAAUGCGGCGUUCAGACAGUAGCGCUAUUUGACGCCCUCACACAGAAACAACAUGGAAGAGUUUUUUUUUCUUGAAUCCCAUUGGAUAGCAUCAGUCAGGCAAUUCUGGAGAUGUUAUGAAGAAGCAAAAUUUUGAUGUGAUCCAAACGACGUGCUCGGUGCCUUUGGACGGAUUUAAGCAAAGUUUAUCACAUUGCCUGGUAGGGUUGUCAAAAGUAUUGAUACUCAAAAAAGUAUUGAUUCUAAAAUGUUGUAUCCAGAUACGAUACUCAUUUUCAAAAGUAUCGAUACUACCCAACACCCUCCCCCCCCGCGCGCGAGAGACGCUGACCUGCUGACGCUGCGUCCCUUCUCUCUGAUUUAUUUAUUUAUUUACGUUGUUUAUGAUCAUUAACAUGACGUUAGCCUUGAAUUGCUAGCUGCGGCUAAUGGCUCAUGAUAACGCUUCAACAUUAAUCAAGUACGUCUGGCUGCAGACUGCAGGAAGCCAAGGAUGGAUAUCCAACUCCGCCCACAUCCAAGUCGGCCAUUUUGAUUACGUCACCAAUAGGUGAAGAGAUCCCAGGCAAGAAAAUCCUAAUUGCUUCAUGGCAAUAUAGACAUUAAUAGUGAAAUUAAUCUUGCAAACACUGAUUGCAACUCUAUACAUAAUAUUAGCUUAAAAUAUUGUACGUUAAUAUGUUUGUACAAUAAGUCCAAACAACUUUAACCAAAAAAUAUUUAUUUCUCACAAUUAUGAAGGGUGGAGGGUUAGAGUUAGCCCGUAUUAAUGCGGGCCACCGGCCAUAAUAACAUCAGUAAUAGGUAACUUUGAAACGAAACACACUAACCUGUCAAAAUUCAAUUAAAUUUUGGGGUCUUUUUUAUCCUUGUGGUAUCGAAAAUGGUAUCAAGUAUUGAAUAUCUUCCUGAGUGUCGGUAUCGAGUUGAAAAUUAUAGUAUCGUGACAAUCCUAUCGCCUGGCAGCGUGCUGUCAUUGGGUAUAGCCCUUAUUCACUACAUCAUAAGUGAGUAAUGAUAUUAGCACCAAUUCCUUAAAUUCCGACCAUCUACACAGGAUGGUUAUGCUAUGUACACCUCUGUUAGCGUCAACAAACUAAACCCCCUGAUCAGGCCUGUCACACACAGACCAGUGCGCCAUCAUAGAGGCUGAAGCUAUAUUUGUAAAUACAGAAUAUCUCUGAUUUCAUGAAAUCAUUUGGAUUUGAUUUUAAUGUUAUUUUAAUAAAUGCUGUUUUAUGCUUUCACUUGCUAGUUUUAUUUGCCAACGCACCGCGCGGACUAUCAAUUAUUCAUCCGUUUUCUACGCACAGGAGGAGGCUCUUAUCUGCCUUGGUGUCAGAGAUAAACAGGUGAUGAAGCAAAGCUUUAAACCUCCUGAUGGUAAACUUGAAUCUGAGCUGUUACAUGUAAGAUGUUUUUAAAGUCAGGUUUUUAGACGUUUAUUCAAUCUAGAUGGCAGACAUGUUCCAGAAAUGCAUAUGUUCUAAAUUUUGUGCCUCAAUUUGAAUUGAAAUGGUAUGUAUUUGUUUAUUUGAGUCGAAUUGGAUCACUGUGAGUAUUUGUAUUGCUUUUAGUUUUGACAGAAUAUGCAUUUACAAUAGGUGAAAACAAUUUCUUCUCUUUAAUAAUGAUUUCAUGACUUUUUUUUUUACUGUAUGCAACAAGAGUAUUGUGACUCAAGUAAAAAAAGAA